AUGGAGGCAAGGCCAAAGUUCGCCGUCGAUGUCUACUUGUCAUACAGCCAUGUAUCAAACCACAUCGACCAGGAUCUCGACGGGUAUAUUCAGUGCGUCCAUCAUCUCAACUUCAGUCUCCGACACCUUGUUCCUGCUCCGCGGAUAAAAUCACGACCCCAGACCCUAUCAGAGGGAGAAGAGUCCAGGGCUACAACAUCGGGCCGGACAAGCAUCGUGGGGAAAUAUUACCCGCAUGCGAUGCGCGAAUGGCCCGACUUUGACGACCGGUGCGGGCAGUCACUCGCACGCAUAAAGGCUGCCCUUAGCCAUCAACUAGUCUUCCCGUCCAUCAUCAACAUGCACGCUAUGGCUAGGGAGAUUAGGGAUGAACUACCCCCCGAAUUCUUAGGAUCGGAAUCAUUUCUCAACGAGAUGACGACAUCCGAGUUCAUCCACAAGACUCUCCAGAUACCCGCUCGGAGGAUUCUGAACGCGGGUUCGAUGCAGACAAGCGGAGACAACGGUGAGCCCGGACCCGAGGCGACUGCUAGGCCACCACCCAAGACGCAGCCCGACUGCUAUGUGCUUGCAACCGACACUAUAGCCCCGCCCGGAGACGUGGGCGAUGACGACGCAGCGCAGCAUGGAUUCGACGACGAUCUCCUAGCUAGUGGCCCUCCAUAUAACGUCCGUCGCAUCGGCCUAGCGGAGCACAAAGCCCUCCAUCGUCUACGUGCGGCGACCAUGGCGGGCUACGUUGAUGAUUCGAUACCCGAAGACUACAUGGUCUUCUACGCCCGCGCACUGACGCAGGCAUUCCACUACAUGGUCUCCUCAGGUGUUGAGUUUGGGUAUAUGGCCACCGGCGAGACGCUCUCCUUCCUGCGGGUGCCGCCUGAAGGCCCGACCACUCUUCUCUACCACGCAUGUCUCUUUCCCCAAUAUACCGCGACUCCCAGCCCGGCCGAAGGUAGCGGUCAGCUAUCAGACAACGAGAAGGGCCGGCUCGCCGUAUCGAUGCUCUCCGCCGUCACUCUCAUGGCCCUUGAAACGACACCCUACCGAGUGCGUAGACGUGGCCUCAACCUUUCCCAGCUGACCCGCUUCCCCGAGCUACCGGCCUCCGGCACGGCUGCGUCGAGCCCGGGAGGCAGAUCCGCAUCGCGCAAACGACGUCGCGGUGAGGGCAGCGACCGAGACAGCACGGACGACGAAGGCCAUCGGGACGACGACGAUGCGCACUCUGCAUCGAGCAACACGAGGCGUCGUCGACGCAGCUCACCACUCAAGAAGCAACGGAACGUAUCGGACGUCGAGGGCGGCCAGAGGUGUGCAGGGGUGAAGAGGAAACGGGGCGGGGACGGAGCAGCGCAGCUCCAGCGGCCAGCCAAACCCGGCCUGCGAAGCCAGCGUGACCCAUCGACAUUUCGUCCCAUCCGGCCCUUCUGCACCCAAGGAUGCCUGCGCGGUCUCGUGCACGGCGAGGAGAUGGACCCCGGCUGCCCUAACGUUCUGCUACACAUGCAGGCAGCAUCGCGCGACUCCAGGUCCCUGCAGGCGUCGGUCCAGCAUGCGUUGACGCUAGACGAACUCCGCGAAGCAGUGCAGCUGCAGCUCCUCUCCAACGCCGAGCAGGACUGCGACUGCAUGCUCGAGCGGUGCCUAGUCGGUGCUAUCGGCUGCCUCUUCAAGAUCACCGCUACGGGGUAUGGAUAUACAUUCGUGUCCAAGGGCGUGGAGUCGUUCAAUAGCUACCGGCUGCUACGCGAGGUCCGUGUCUACGAGAGGCUUGCAGAGCAGCAAGGGGUGACGAUACCGGUAUGCCUCGGCAUGGUGCCGCUGCUCCUGCCAUAUCCCAUGACGAACGGUGCGCUCGUAACGCACAUGCUUCUCAUGUCGUUUGCGGGUCUGGGGCUAUAUAGCCAACGUGCUCAGCGGCUCGCUGAGAUGAGCGGUGCCGACCUCGGGCGCGAGUCGGAGCGCACUCUCAGGGAGCUCGAAGCCGUGGGCCUCGUCGAAAGUGACGAUGUGAACUGCGGGAACCUGACCUGGAACCGCGAGCUGCAACGCGUCAUGAAGAUUGAUUUCGACCACGCCUCGGUCAGCGGGUCCGAGACGCUCAGUCCGGCCAGCAAGGCAAGCCCGGCAGCAAGCCUCGGAAGCUCCCGCCACUCCCUAAAGCCUCUAGGCCGCAAAAAGGCGAGACCGCCUAGCGGUAGGAGGGCAUGGGACGACGGCGAGCGUGCUCGAAGCCUCUCUAGCUUGCUGCGGAACGCACGACGGUCCGACUCUUUCAUCGCCAGUCUCCUGACUGAUACCAUAUUGUGA